CCCACGUUGAGGCUGCAGGGCGGGGCUCCGGCUUGUGUAGUAGUACGUGUGCUUCCCAGCAGUUAGCUUGUGGCCAAGUGAGCUAACACUACAGCUGAAGUGAAGUGAGAGUCAUGGUGCUGCUUGAAAAUGACGCGUUCCUCACAGAGCUCACAAGGCUGUUCCAGAAGUGCAGAACAUCUGGCAGUGUUGUCAUCACGCUAAAGAAAUAUGAUGGGAGGACCAAGCCAGUCCCCAGAAAGGGCCACACAGAGUCCUUUGAUCCAGCAGACAACAAAUGUCUCAUCAGAGCGUCUGAAGGCAAGAAGAAGAUUAGCACAGUGGUCAGCACCAAAGAAGUAAUCAAGUUUCAAAUGGCAUACUCCAACCUCCUCAGAGCUCACAUGGAUGGACUUAAGAAGAAAGAUAAGAAAAGCAAAAGCAAGAAAACCAAAGCCACCCAAUGAGCAACAGACUCUUUAACAUAACCAUGGGUACCUAAACUGGCCUGUACUAUCUGAGGGAAUGGGAAAGGCCUCCUCUCGGUCUGUCGCCCCACCUGGCUUACUUCCCAUUCACCCGAGGCCUCAGAAUCACUGUUCAUCCACCUGGUGACUGCUUUUAUAUUAUGCCAUUGUUUGCAUGGUAAUAUCUCAUCUUUGCCUGGUCAGUGCCAUCCGGUGAUCUGGAACAGAAAACCUGAGGAUUUCUUGUAAACUCACACAGGACGAAGCAAGUCAACUUCAUUGAAUCUCCACCAUUUCUGCUUCGGAGCCAAGUCUUCAACAUCUGUGGCACCCCUGGAGCUAAAUCCAUGGAGCCCAAUGAUUAUCUGCCUUUCAAACUAUUUAAUUGUUAGAGUCCCUAUUUAUGUUAUAUUUACGGCUAACCCGUGAGCUGUGCUGCCAUGUUUAAAUUUGACUGCGUCUUGAGAAGAACAUUUAAUAUUCCAAUCAUUGGAAUUUUGUUUUUGUUAUUAAAAAUCAUUGAAAUUACUGUUAAGUUGCUUAGAAAUACAGAACUCAAUCAGAUCAGAUUUGAUGUACGUUUAACCAAUUUUACAGUAUUAAACUUUUUUUUAAUUAACUUUAUUCUAUGUUUUUAGUUUGUUUUGAAGUACAAUGAAUAUCAUUAUGCCCCCUUGUUUUGAACCACAGUCCUGUACGAGGCUGUCGAACUGGCCGUUGAAUUGUUAAACCAUGUACUGUAUGGCUUCAGUUAAUGUGGUUAAUUGAAAUGUGAAUACCUGUUCUGAAUGAGUUAAAUAGCCCAAAACGUUAAAAGUUGUAGAUUUACUGAAAGGCAUUGAGUUUGAGUUAUGAAUACAGAGACAAAGUAUCGGCUGUAAUUCUAAUAAUGACAUUUCUGUUGAUCACAAUUACAAGGCAGGUUAAACUACAGCCAGUAUGUUUUGUCAAGCAUUUGUAUUGUCUUGUCAUUCUCCUGAGUCCUGCCGCACAAUUUAAGUUCAGAAAUAAAGUGCUUUGUUAAAAGUCA